AACCCUACCCCCCAAAUUCUGCUUCUUCAACCUUCAAGAAACAAAGAAAAAACUAUUUUCAGUUUCUCACAAACCAAACCCAAACUGUGAACUUUCAGAGAAAAAAACACACCCAACGGAAAACCCUAAAUUACAAAUCGUAUCCAAAGAGAGGGGGGGAUAGGAAUCGUACAGGCGAUUUGAGAAAUGAAGCUCGUUUGGUCCCCUGAGACGGCCUCCAAAGCCUACAUCGACACCGUUCAAUCUUUUUGUGUAAAGUGUGAUCUCCAUCAAGAAUCCGGCGUUGCCGAACUGAUUUCAGCGAUGGCGGCGGGAUGGAACGCGCAAUUCAUCGUGGAGACGUGGUCGAGCGGCGGAGCGAUUGCCACUAGUAUAGGUCUAGCGGUGGCUCGCCGUCACGUCGGAGGGAGACACGUGUGUGUGGUUCCUGAUGAGAGAUCGAGAGGAGAAUAUUCGAGAGCGAUGGAGAGAGCAGGAUUAUCGCCGGAAGUGAUCGUGGGAGAGCCAGAGGAGGUGAUGGAAGGAUUAGUAGGUAUAGAUUUUCUGGUGGUGGAUAGUCAGAGGAGGAAUUUCAGCCGAGUUUUGAAACUCGCUAAUCUGAGUUCUAGAGGCGCGGUUUUGAUUUGCAAGAACGCGAACUCGAGAAGCGAUUCGAGUUUCAGAUGGAAAAGUGUUACCGAGAACGGAACGCGGCGGUUGGUCCGAUCGGCGUUCUUGCCGGUGGGGAAGGGUUUGGAUAUAGCGCACGUGGCGGCUGCCGGAGGUAACUCGGGAUCCGGCGGAGGGAAAGGAAAAUGGAUCAAGCAUGUUGAUCGACGGUCAGGCGAGGAGUUUGUAAUUCGGAAGUGAAGCCCAAAACGAUGUCGUUUUCUUCUUUCUUUUCUUUCUAUUUUUCCAACCUUUGUGAAUACAGUUUUGUCAUAAUUUGUGUAUAAAACAUAUCUUUUUGUGUUUUAGGGAAUGGGUUGGGGGAAUUAAAUGUACUCAUCACUGACAAAUUUUAUUGUAUUAUCAUAUCAUUUUUUUUCCUCUU